AAACCCGCGAGCUGAACGGCAAGGCAGACGAGCCUAACACUGAAUGCGGUUCACCGUUACCAAAAACAUGAGCAUCGUCUUUACCUUUUGCUUGCCAAAAAUAAACCGUGUGCCCCAAUCGCCUAGCUAACGUUGCUUCUGAAACAUGAGCAUCAUGGUCAUUUGCUACAGUUUUUCCUAUUUUCCAUUAUUACGCUAUCUCGCUGUAGGAGUUUUUCUGCCUUGCUUUCUGACGUUCUCCGUUGCUUCGCUUUCUUCGCAUACGGGGAAACAUCGGAGUAUAGCAACUACUAUUUCUGGUUUUUUUUUCUUUUGGCGCGGUGAAAGGAGCGAUGAAUGCGAUGGGGGUUUCUUACAUGCAUUCAACACAGUAAAGCGAAAAAUAAAAGUAGGAUGGAGCAAGUGUAGAAAAUAGUAUUAGGAUUAUUUAAAUACUCGAUGAAUUGCAAAAAUAAAAAAAAGGAAAAAAAA